CAUGUGGUGUGCUGAUCGCCCCGCGGUGUGCCCGCACGCUCGGCGUGUAUGCAGCCGAGCGAGUGAAAUUAGGUUUACACGGCACGCUGCUAACCCCGAGCCUGUGGUCAGAAGGCCGAAAAUAGCCCCGAUUGCAGCGCCCAAUUCCGCGUUACUGCACUCGUCCGUGCCUUUCCUUUAAACUUGUUCCUGCCAGGUAGCCAUUCACCUUAGGCUCGUCUUUUACUUAGGCAUUACAAGGCCCAAAUGUACAGUUAAUGAGUUUUAUGUUGAAAAAUAAGUCACGAGACUUUUGUUUCUCCCCUUUCUUUGUUUCUAGUACGUGCUGUGAGUUUGUAGUCAGCUCUGUUCAGGCAGACAUCUGCUUAUGUUGCAGGAGCACCGUGUAAUAGACGAGAUGGACAUAAACACCACCCAGAUGGCUAACUGAGUGCCUUUGGUUACCUUACUGAGGUGCCAAAAUAAUGGGGUCUGCAGGAAAAGAGCUGACAGUGUUAGACUGCGAGGCCUGGCCUGUGCCUAAAAUGCGUUGCCCUCUUGUAAUGUUUAGGGGUGUAUUUGGGUGUCUACUUAUUCUUAAUUUUUUCAGUAGUACAAUGGGGAUGCAUCUACCAAUGCCAGCAAAUCUCUACAUUCCUAUGAAACAUGGCAUAAUAAAGGUUCAUUACACCGUGAUGGCUGAUAGGCAAAUUAUGAUAUAGGGCCCCUUGCUUCUCUUGUGUGAUUGUAGAGCUUUCCACCUGUUACUUCAUUCCCAUGGCCCUUCCUAAAGCUGCUGUCAUUUUGACUCUCUGGAGAAGGAAAAUAAGAUAUUUUAUUCCCACCUGCAGGAUACUUGCAAGGCAGUAAUAGAUUGUAUUGCUUGUCCAUAGAGCCCCAGCCAGCUGUAGGUGCCCUGUGCUUUUCAUGAGCAUGAAAGCUAUAAAACAUCUUUUAAUAACUGCUUGAGCAAACUGCCAGAAGAAGAAAAUGGAUGUGCAGACAAGCACUUUUCUUUGUGGAGGGUGUAUUUCUGUACACUUUCUGGCUAGUGAAAUUCAGUUUGGCAAGGUAGUAUGAAUACUUCUAAGAAAUGUUUAUUGGCAAAGUAAUUAUUCAUAAAUAAACUUGCUUGAACUCAUAGGAACAUUUUAAGACAUACAUUUCCAAAUUGUGGAAUAUAGAGCAGUAUUCAGUCAUUAUGCUGCUGGAAAGUUAAAAGAAAGAGUGCCGCUGAAUGGAGGAAGCUUGCUAGCUAUCUAUCAGGAGUCAAUUUGAGGAAGUAGAAAAGCAGAAUUUGUCAGUUGUAGCCUCUUCUGCAGGUAGAGAGAUUUGUUUUCAUUUCAGGUUAGUUCAGGCAAGAAACCAAUUAAUUUUAUUUAAGAACAGCAAGAAAAUCUUUUUAGGAGUAAUAAUUAUGUAAGAAGCUAGAGCUUUCAGAUACAAAUUCCUGAAUGGUAACCAAACAGAGUUGACUCAGUUUGCUCAUUGUAGUAAGCCAAGUCAUGAAUUAAAUUUGUCGUCUUUUCUACUGUUUCUAGUGCACUGAAAUUAUCGUUGUUUAAUGAAAACAGUGUUCAAACACCACUUUCCUGCAUUGCUAAAGGAACUCCUUUUCAGCUCAGAAGAAGCUUAAUUCAAGUGCAAGAUUUCUACUCAUUUAUCGAUUUGCAAUACAAUAAAACUCUUGAGUUAAAAAUGUGAAUACACAUCUUCAACUGCUCUAACUACUUGAGUGCACACAUCCACCUGGCUGCAAAAGAAGGCUUAUAUGAAUCCCAUAGCUAUGGCCAGAGCACGAGGUCCGGCCCAAAAUUCAGGACCAACAAUACAAGACUACUUGAACAGGCCAAGACCAACAUGGGAAGAAGUGAAAGAACAACUAGAAAAGAAAAAGAAAGGAUCCAGGGCUUUGGCUGAGUUUGAAGAAAAGAUGAACGAGAAUUGGAAGAAAGAACUGGAAAAACACAGGGAGAAAUUACUGGGUGGAAAUGAGAGUUCCUCCAAAAAGAAGGAGAAAAAGAAAAAGGAAAAGAAGAAAUCUAGUAGGUUGUCUUCAUCUUCCUCUUCUUCAUCAAGUUCUGAUUCUUCCAGCAGUGAAUCUGAUUCAGAAGAUGAGGAUAAGAAGCAAGGGAAGAAAAAAAGGAAGAAGAAGUAUCGCUCCUCACGGAAAUCUUCAACAAGCUCAACUUCUGAAUCUGAGUCAGACAGCAAGGACAGCACAAAAAAGAAGAGGUCAAAGGAAGAUCAUGAAAAAGAGAAGGAUGGCAAAAAUCACCACAGAAAAAGGAAGAAGGCAGAUCGUGGUGACGGACCUUUAUCAUCAGAAUCCUUAUCAGAAUCAGAUCAGACAGAGGAGGUGCAAGCAAAAAAGAAGAAAAGCAAUGAAGAAAAAGAGAAAGCAACAGAUAAAGCAAAAAAGAGAAAGAAGCACAAGAAGCAUGGUAAAAAGAAGAAAAAGAAGGUUGCUGGUUCAAAUUCAGAUUCAGAGUAGUAUUUAAAAAGCAAGACUAUCAACAGAAGUGCAAUGACUAAAGGAAACUUAAACUGUGAAAUGAUGACAAACUUUACCAAACUGCAUGAGUUUUCCUGUGUUCUAGAAAUAUUCCUAAUCUUUCAGUAGCCAGCCAGAUGCAGCUGUGCUGGGGAAGACCAUUGUUAUUGCCUGCUGCUUAAUACAUGAGGUACAACUUUUAUAAAAUUCCAAUAAGCAGUAUUAGAUGUUUGAAACAAUAUGAGGUGGUAGUCCAGCUGAGAUGUAAAAUAUUGGAAAGUAAGAGUUAAACUUUUUAGAUACUGAAAGUAGUGUUUUAAAGCAUUAGUAAUAGUCUUUAUUUGUAAAUCAGGACAAAUAAAAUCCCAAGUUCAUCUUGUAGGUUUAUAUUAUACAUAAACAAUUACAAGCUGGUGUCUGCGAAUGGCAUUUACAAAAUGGAAAAUUAAUGAUAACAUUUAAAAUGCUGCCUUUGUAGCAAUGUUUAUCAUCUGCCCCAUUACCAUCUUUAUGCUUUUGAGAAAGGGAAUGCUACUGUUUCGGCUAACUGAAUAGGGUGCCUUUGCCUUUGAUCCUUGCAAAUUUCUGCUGUUUUUAAUCCAUGCAGCAUCUCUGACCCUAGGGAGAGCAGAACUAUUGUCAGCAGUUCUGGGCUUCUGAGCAUGUGCUUCUGCAUUAAGCAAGAGCAAUGACAUUUUGCAGUAUAACUGACAUUCAAAGCCAGAAGACUUUACCUCUGCUUCUUUGCAAUAGCGAUAGAUCUGUGCUAGUAAAUAUGCAUAUUUCAUUUAAUGUAAUUUUGGUUUAGUUGAACACUUCUUGCAAACACUGGUAGCUUUUUUCCUUUGCAUUAUCUUUAGAGUUGUUUUGCAUGAUUUGUACCUUUUUUUAAAUUAAUGAAAAUGCAGGUAAUCAUUUGUUGUAACCAGUUUAUGAAUUAUGUUCCACAAGCAGAGUUUCAUGUAUGUAUUUAGUUAUAGUUAAGUUCAUUGCUGUGUUUAAGUGCACACUUGCUGAAGAUAUUUAGCAUGUAAAAAGCAGGGUUUUGAUACCAUAACAGCUUCAUAUUGAAGCUGAUUUUACUCUAAGCAAGUUCAGUGGCAGACCUGUUAUGUGAUGCAUCUUGUUAAGAUUAAAACAAAAAAUACUGCCAGAAUCUCAUUAAAGAUACUGUUUAAACAGUUUGUAUUUAUAUUUUUGUACUUGAGGGCUACAGAAUGUUGACCUAAAUCAUAAAGCUGUUUUACUUUAAAUUAGUUGCUUUAGAAAUUGAAAACACGCUUUUAUAAAUUAAAUGUGCACGCAUGAAAACACAAGCAACCAUUUGAUUUUAGUUUUUACAUGAAAUUCUCAUUAUUAGCUUCCACAAGUACCCAUUGCUGGGCCUGCUCCUAGUCUUUAACAACUGCCCACCUAUCCUGGAUUGUCAACUAGAGAUUAUUUUAAUGGUCCACUGCACAGGUGCUAACUUCUAACUUACCUCUGUUGCAUACAAUGUUUCAAAUAUUUUAUUGCCAAGAAUUUCAAGACCUUUGUUAAUGGAUAAUUAGUCUGCAAAUCAUAACUAAGAACUGGGGGAGAAAGAUGAUUUAGCAUUGUCAUUCAACAGUGAAAUUGACUUUUCUAGUAAGUUCUUAGAAAAAUACAAGUCUUGAAUUGCAGCAGUGUCCUUCUAAAAUAUGCUAAAUAUUUUGAUCAAGUAUUUUAUACUGCUGGGUUUGAUGCUACUGAUUCUAGACCCUGUUUUGUCAGUGAGGUUAAAAUAAAGGCAGUGAAUAGGAGGGGGUUGGUUUGCAGUUUUUAUUUUGUUUUUGUUUUAAGUUGUGAUGUUGCAGUUUUGGUAAAAGAACUUGUAAUGAACCAUAUCAUAAAUGCUCUGCUCUGCGUGAUACCUUAUUUGACUUUUACACAACUACCUGCAACAGAAAGAAAUAAAAAAUGGGAAUGAGGGCCCCAGCCUUCCAAAUACAUAAGCCGGUAUGUCAUUUUAAUUGUCUGAAUAUAACUACUUGUUCUUGUCAAUUGUGUGCUUCAAAUACUGUUGCAAAGCUUUGGUAGUGGUGUAGCUACUUAAGGAGCUACAGGCUUUGUCAGGUCACAGCAAAGCUGCUUUCAUGUCAGCAAUGAAAUGUUUCAGUUUUCAAUACAUUAGACAACCA